AUGCAAGGGAGGGAUAUAAAUACAUCUUACUGGUUAUUGAUACGUUCUCCCAAGUACGUUUGGCUACGACCCUUAAAAUCAAAGACGGGAGACGAUGAAGUAGAUGCAUUCAAGGACAUUCUGUCAAAACUUGGCCGAACUCAUAAAAGACUGAUCACGGAUAAAGGUCAGGAGUUCAGAGCCAAAUCAGUACAAGAUCUGAUGAAAAAAUACAAUGUCUUAUACUCCCCAACACAGAAUGAGACUAAGGCGAGCACGAGCGAACGUGCUGUACUAAGCUUAAAAUCAAGAAUAAUGCGCUACUUAACGUACAAGGAUAACUACACAUAUCUACCUGUUUUAUCAGCCAUUUCAGUAUCAUACAAUAACUCAUACCAUAGAACAAUUGAAACAACACCGGCCAGUGUAAAAGACACUAACAAGGAAGAAGUGAGAUUAGCCACAUAUUUUGUACAAAAUCCGAGGAAAGGUAAAAUUGACGCGAAACUUAAAAGAUUCGGAUAUAAAAUUGGUGACUAA